AUGGGCGACAAGGAUACCUACAGUGUCCCACCGCUCCAACAGCCCCAUCGGCACACCUUCAUUCUCCUCCACGGCCGCGGCUCCAACGGCCAGAGCUUUGGAAGCGGCCUAGUCAACUCGCCCCUCGCACCGCCGACGAAGGCAAGCGCAAAGAGCGAGCCGCACGCCACGGCUGCUGCUGCGGCCGAGACGCUCCGCACCGCCUUCCCCCACGCGCGCUUCGUCUUCCCCACCGCUCCAAGGACCAGCGUCGCGCUCUACCGCGGCCGCGCGACGCACCAGUGGUUCGACAGCUGGAAGCUCGACCCGCCUGCCACCGAGAGGGAGUACCUGCAGGCGCCGGGGUUGGGGGACACGACGCGCCGCCUCCACGCCCUGCUCGAGUCCGAGAUCGCUAGCGUGCCCGGCGGCGCGGCCAGCGUGGUCCUCGGCGGCCUGAGCCAGGGGUGCGCGGCGGCGCUGGUCGCGACGCUGCUGUGGGAGGGCGGCAGGCUGGGCGCCGUGGUGGGCAUGUGCGGAUGGCUGCCCUAUGCGGCGCGUAUGAGCGAGGAGGUUAAGGACGCCUUGGCUUCUAAUGGUGAGGGCGAGGAUGACAUCUUUGAGAGGGGCGAGGACGACCGCCCGAGGCAUCGGAGCAAGGACCCUAUGACUGUGGCGAUUACGUGGCUCAGGGAAGAGCUUCAGCUGGGUACAACGUCCGGGCCGAAAUCCGCCCUGACCAAGAGCAUCCCUGUCUUCCUCGGGCAUGGCGUGCAAGACGCGAGGGUCAAUAUCAUCUUGGGUCGCACGGCGGGCCAAUGCUUGUCUGACCUUGGGGCAGACGUCACUUGUGUCGAGUACGAAGCUCUUGGUCACUGGUACUCACCCAACAUGCUACGAGACAUGGCAGACUUUAUAUGGAAAGAGACCGGCUGGACUCCGUAG